GCCAGUGGCAAGAAUCAAAUCCGACCCUCAGACAGAGAAAUAAGUUUUAGGGAAUCAUAUGCUAAAAGGGGAGGCAAGGCAUAUAUCCUUCACUAAUCUCCAAAUGCUUUACUUGAGAUCAAGUGUGAUCCUAAUUCUAUUAACAAUCUUUGCUUGCUAGCAACAAAUUCUUUAGACUAACAUAGUAGGCUAGAAUCAUAUGCCUUACCUAACCAAUGUUUACUUGAAAGAUGCCAAUUACAGGGACUUAUAUAAAGACUAGCCAUUGAUGAUCCAUUUCCACGAUCACCAUUUGAAACAAACACUUGAACUUAUUGCAAUUAAUUCACCUCUGCUUUUAUUCUGAAUCAAGGCAAUGGCAGAAGGAGUCCUCUUCAACAUUGCAGAAGGAAUCAUUGGAAGGUUAGGCUCCUUGUUUUUGCAAGAGAUUGCGUUGCCUUGGGGUGUCAAAGAUGAGCUCCGAAAUCUUAAGGAAAAAGUUGCCCAACUCCAAGCUGUUCUUCUUGAUGCUGAGCAAAAGCAAGCCAAGGAAAAUGAAGUCAAAGUGUGGCUCGAAAGCGUAGAAGAUGCAGUUUAUGAAGCUGAUGACGUGCUCGAUGAGUUUGAAGCUCGGUGGAGACAAAUGGUGCCGGGAAAUAAUAAAGUGUCAAAGCAGAUUCACAGAUUCACGCCCAAUAAACAAUCAAACCUGGCUCUGAGGCCAUGUUAUCAUUCUGAGUUUAUCGCUUUCUCAGAUUAGGAAGAGGUGCUCUUCUAGAGCAUUUAGCUAGAGAGAACGAAGAGGAGAAUAUGAAAAAUGCACAACAAGAGUUGAAAUGUCAUCAUGCAAUGGGCUAUCGAAGAAUUUC